UGUCGUGAACCAACGUACGAACCCACGGAGAAGCUUUCGAUCACUGCAGAACGCAUCGCUCAGCACUGGGCAUUUUUGCAGAAUUACCUGUCGGUAACAUCCAACGCAGCUCUUCUGAAACGGGCUGUCAAAGGCACCGACGCUGAAGAACUGACACUACGUUCAGCAAACAACCUCUUACGGACGUUACGCAAGAGCGCGCCGAUCAGUGGCACCGAAAUGGAGCUGUGUCACAAGGCACUGUCUACUUUAUCGGAUAUGUGCAAUGAUAGGCGUAACACACUAACUCCUUCUCUUCAAGCAGCUGUGGUGGAUUUCAUUGCAGACUGCCUCAACGAAAUCGCAGAACGGCGGGAAGAACGAGUCGAUUACAGGCGCCAGGAAAACAUUGCAAGCUGGGUGGGAAGCCUUGCCCGUGGCCAAGUCUUCACACUUCCCAUCGUCAGGCACCUUCUCGACAAGCUGCUUCAGUUUGACAGUUUCAUCGACACACUCCAGGAAGACCAGAAAGCCCUAGAGAUAGACCACUUUGAUCGCUCCUUCUGUCUGCUACAGUGCACUCAAAAUGCUGUUGCGUCGCUUAAAGAAGUUUCGCCUCUAGUUCGCUGCGAGCUUUCUGAUGUGGGAAAAGCUCUGGUGGCCUUUUGCAACAAAUGCCGGCACACACACCCACUGUUUGCACGUUACCUCUACGACAUUCUAAAAGUGCUGAAAGAUAGGAUAACUCCUCGCAAGAGCAAUAAGCCACCAGCGAGGAAAUUGUACACGUAUCUAACAAGAAAUGUGCACUAGUUAACGUGGCUACCAACAGCAAUGUUACACUAUACAAUUUCAACAUUUCCCAAGCAUGUUGCAAUCUGAAAUGCGAUCUCGGUGACUAAAAAAGACACGACACGAGAAGUGUAUAAUAAAUUAGAUUUAUUCAACCAUACCUCACUCUCAUGAAAUGCAUAUAUACAUGUAACAGUCUAGUCAAUUAUGUACUCUGUCUGCAUGCCUUGUGCAGAGAAUAAAAAAAAAAA